AUGUCCCUUUGCAACACUCCGAGAAGACUGCUGCUGCUGCGGAGGGCAGUGGGUGCGCAAACAUGUCUCCGUGCAUCCAGGACAGCAAGCAAGGCGCCCGUGUGGCAGAGCUGUCGGGCAGUUGCUUCGACUGCGAAUGCUGAGAAGGUCUUGUUUCCUGGAGCGUUGAACAGCGAGUUUACCAGUACAAUGGACUUCAUACAACCGUCGCAACUCAAGGCCAUAUCAACCUACCGUGUAAUGAACCAGUAUGGUGAUAUAAUAGACAAAGAUGUUGGUGUAGAGACGACGGAUGAAGAAGCUCUAGAUUUAUACAAGAACAUGGUCAAAUUGAGCAUAAUGGACCUCCUCAUGUUCGAAGCCCAGAGACAGGGCCGAUUAAGCUUCUACAUGGUCUCUGCCGGCGAAGAAGGCAUCGCAAUCGGCACCGCCAGCGCCCUCUCCCCCGCCGACGUAAUCUUCUGCCAAUACCGUGAAACAGGCGUCUACCUACAGCGCGGAUUCACACUGCCUUCCUUCAUGAACCAGCUCUUCGCAAACGCGGGUGACACUGGCCUAGGCCGCAACAUGCCCAUCCACUACGGCUCCAAAGAACUAAACAUCCACACCAUAUCCUCCACCCUCGCUACACAAAUCCCCCAUGCCGCCGGCGCCGCAUAUGCGCUCAAGAUGCAGAACUUGCAAAACCCGAACGCGGAGAAGAGAGUGGCGGUCUGUUUCUUCGGAGAAGGAGCAGCGAGCGAGGGGGAUUUCCACGGAGCACUGAACAUUGCCGCGACGAGACAGGUGCCCUGUAUCUUCAUCUGCAGAAACAACGGAUAUGCCAUUUCGACACCAACAUCCGACCAAUACCGCGGUGAUGGAAUCGCAAGUCGCGGCGCCGGCUAUGGAAUCGCCACCCUCCGUGUAGACGGCAACGACAUCUUCGCCGUACGCCGCGCCACAAAGGAAGCCCGCCGUCUUGCCCUCGAGGACGGCGGCCGUCCCGUAUUGAUCGAGAUGAUGGCUUAUCGCGUAGGACACCACUCCACCUCCGACGACUCCUUUGCCUACCGCCAGCGCGUCGAGGUGGAGGACUGGAAACGCCGCGACAACCCACUCACCCGCUUGCGCAAGUGGCUUGAAUCGCGCAAUCUGUGGUCCGAGGACGAGGAACAGAGCCUGAGGGCCGCCACGAGGAAAGAAGUCCUCAGGGCCUUUGAGGAGGCGGAAAAACUGCAGAAGCCCAGUCUGAGGUAUGUGUUUGAGGGCGUCUGGAAGGACUUGUCACAGGAGCAGCGUAGGCAUGUGGGAGAGCUCAGGGAUAUCUUGAAGAGGUAUCCCAAGGAGUACGAUUUGGGGCCUUAUGAGGGGCAAAUUGGGGGGUUGGAUGACUUAUUGGAGGGUAACAAGUAG